AUGUAUUUGAGGAGAUCAUUCUCUGCAGCGUCUUCCACCACAGACUCGAUGUCUCCUUCUCAGCAGAUUGACUGUGCAGGAAUAAUCCUGAACUGUCUCUUCUGCCGGUUCUACGAUAUGAUGCUCAUGCUACCAGCUUCCUGCGAGAGAGUUGCCAACCACUGCUGCCCGAGCUACAAACAAGUCAUGACCACAUCUGAGACCACACCCAGCACUAACGAUGACUCCUGCGUUGACUUUGACUGUGGCCUGUGUAAUUCCUGUCAUGAUGCAGGUGACUGCUUGGAGUUGGCGAUGGAGAUUUCACAGUUAUGCUAUCACUAG